CGGCGUCGCGACGAUCGGCGUCGGUAGGCGUCGUGACCCAAUUCGAUGCCGCUCCAAAAAUCGACUGACGACAAAGAGACUAACUCGGGUUGAUCUUUGAUUCUCGAACGAAAAAAAAACGAAGUGGAGAGAGGAGGCAACAGAAGAGAUAAUGUCGUUCGUAUCGGUCGUCGUCGUCGUCGUCAACGUUUAACAUCCUCUCAAAGACGAAGAUUCUUUAACUUAAAAACCGUCCUAAUAGUUCAGUACAGUGCUUCUAAGUAACAACAUCUAAAAAAAUUCAAACUUUUUCGAUAUUUUAAAACAAACCGAAAACAAUGUAAAAAUUUUUUUUUGUUGCAUUUACUUUUGGUAAUUUUUACAAAAAAUAAUAAAUAAAUAAAAUAAAACAAAGUUUUCUGUGAUAAUUUCAACACAAAAAGACUUUUAAAACAACUUUUUAUUGAUAUAAUGAAGACAAUGAAGAAAAUAAAAGUGUUUGGAAUCUUAUUUAGUGUUUUAUCUGUGUUAGUGUACUUUCCCCAAUCAGCGAUUACAUUCGCUUAUAAAAAUUACACAAAACCAACGAUAAAAACUAAAUUCACUAUCGAAGAAUUAGUUAAUGGUAAUUUUCCGAAACGAACUUCCGAUGAUUUGGAUUUAGAUCCAUGCAAAUCUGGAAUGUUUCUCGGCGAUAUCGCGAUCCCCGAUGAUGUCCCAACAACGGGAUUUAAAAAGGAUCAAGAUCAAUUAAGAAAAUUAGUUUUAGAAGGGCUUCAAAUCGAAGAGGAAGGUCUGUUAGAGCUGAUCAAAAAGAAACAUAAACAACCGCUCCCCCACGAUGUUAUCAAAGAUUACAACGACCCCGUUGAUAAAUUUUCGCAAAAUUUGGGCGAUUUAAAACAAGAUUUCACAGUUCGAGCCUCAUCGCAACCGUUUUUCGAUGUUAAACUUAAGGAAAAUCUUAAAAAUGAAAGAAAAAUACGACAUCAAAAAAGAUCGAGAAAAAGAAAAAAUGAAAAUUCUCAAAAUGAAGAAAUGACAUCAUCUUUACCCCCGCAAAAAUUAAGCGAAGAUUUUCCAAUUCACGAAUUCGAGCCCAAAUUUGAUUUUCGAUCGAAAUUAAAUACUGAAAUUGGAAAUAUUUACGGGGAAAAGUCGAUUCAUCGCAGGAUAACGAGAGCUGCGACGGCUCGGAAAGAAAGGGUUUGGGAUUACGGUGUUAUUCCGUACGAAAUCGAUGGUAAUUUUAGCGGGCAACACAAAGCUUUGUUUAAACAGGCGAUGAGACAUUGGGAAAAUUUUACUUGUGUAAAAUUCGUUGAAAGAUCCGUCAUAGAUCACCCGAAUUAUAUCUUGUUCACCGAGAGACCUUGUGGGUGUUGUUCGUUCGUUGGAAAACGUGGAAAUGGUGCUCAAGCUAUAAGUAUUGGAAAAAAUUGCGAUAAAUUCGGAAUUGUCGUCCACGAAUUAGGUCACGUGGUCGGGUUUUGGCAUGAACACACACGCCCGGAUCGGGAUAAACACGUUAACAUCAAUAGGGACCAUAUCAUGAAUGGUCAAGAGUACAACUUUAAUAAAUUGAAUGAAGAGGAAGUGAACUCGUUGGGAUUAACUUACGAUUACGAUUCCAUUAUGCACUACGCUAGAAACACGUUUUCGAAGGGCACGUAUUUGGAUACGAUUCAACCGGUUGAUAUGCCAUCAAGGAAAAGGCCCGAGAUUGGGCAGCGAUUACGUUUGAGCGAAGGGGAUAUUGCACAAACAAAUCUUUUGUAUAAAUGUCCAAAAUGUGGCAGAACUUUCCAAGCUAAUUCGGCGACGAUAAUUUCCCCAAAUUACUUAGAUCAUAGUCUUCCGGAGGAUGGGGAAAAAUGCGAAUGGAGGAUAUCGGCUACUCACGGAGAAAGAAUUAAUUUAAACAUAACCGAUUUCGAUGUUGCGAAAUCAACAGAUUGUCGCACUGAUUAUUUAGAAAUACGAGAUGGUUAUUGGCACAAAUCUCCUUUAUUAGCAAAAUUUUGUGGUUCAAAAGCAAUAUCGGGCCCGGUCGUUUCUUCUGGGAGCAGAAUGUUGCUCACUUUAGUCAUGAAAAAUGGGGGCCAUCGUGGUUUCUCCGCAAAUUACGAAGCUGUUUGCGGCGGAGAUUUAGAUUUAGAAACAAGUAGACACUUAGAAUCCCCGAAUUUCCCCGAGGAAUACCAACCGAAUAAAGAAUGCAUUUGGAGGUUAUCUGUUCCAGAGGGGUAUCAAGUCACUUUACAAUUUCAAUCCUUUGAAAUUGAAAAUCACGACAAUUGCGUUUAUGAUUACGUUGAGGUUCGAGAUGGGUUAACUAAGGAGAGCCAAAGCAUCGGGGUUUAUUGUGGAUACAAAGUCCCCGGAAAUAUCACAUCAACCGGAAAUCAUCUUUGGGUGAAAUUCGUUUCGGAUGGUUCGGUUCAGAAAGCUGGCUUUUCGGCGACUUUUAUGAAAGAAUUAGAUGAAUGCUCGAUGGUGAAUCAUGGUUGCGCCCAAGAAUGUAUUAACACUUUGGGUUCUUAUAAAUGCGCGUGUCGAAUUGGUUAUGAAUUGCAUUCGGAUGGAAAAAAUUGCGAGGAUGCUUGCGGUGGAGUUUACGACACGGAGAACGGCACGAUCACAUCCCCAUCAUUCCCUCAACUUUACCCCCCAGAUAAACACUGCGUUUGGGAAAUCAUAACGUUCCCGGAACACCGCAUCAAUUUAAACUUCACCCAUUUCGAUUUAGAAGGAAAUAGUAAUUUAAAUAAACCUGUAUGUGAAUACGAUGUCAUUGAAAUUUAUAAUAAAUACAGUGAUAUAAAGUUAACAAAAAUAGGAUCAUUUUGUGGUGGAAAACCGCCGACUGCGAUCACCUCAGAAACGAACGUUUUAAGAAUUGUUUUUAAAUCGGAUGUGAGCGUGCAAAAAACCGGAUUUGCCGCCGUUUUUCAAACGGAUCGAGAUGAAUGUGCUAUAAAUAAAGGCGGUUGUGAGCACGAAUGUGUUAACACGAUCGGUUCGUAUUCUUGCACUUGCCAUAAUGGGUUUACUUUGCACGAAAACGGAAGGGAUUGUAAAGAAGGUGGUUGUAAAUAUGAAAUUAACUCCCCUUACGGGAUAAUAUCAUCGCCGAAUUACCCCGAAUAUUAUCCGAGCCAAAAAGAUUGCAUUUGGCACUUUCAAACAACCCCGGGGCAUAGAAUUAAAAUUAUGUUUUUAAGUUUUGACAUUGAAUCGCAUCAAGAAUGCUCUUAUGAUCAUAUUGUAUUUUAUGACGGGGAUUCCCCGGAAUCGACCAUUUUAGGACGAUUUUGCGGAUUAAAAACUCCACAUCCAAUCGUUGCAACUUGUAAUCAAAUGUAUAUGGUGUUCAAAUCGGAUGGUUCGGUUCAAAGAAAAGGAUUUCAGGCGACUUACGUUUCGGUUUGUGGGGGCCACCUUCAGGCGACGAAUGAAAGAAAACAUUUUUAUUCCCACUCGAAAUUUGGAAGCAUGCCUUACGAACAUAAAACCGAUUGCGAUUGGACGAUAGAAGCGAUGACCGGGUUAAACGUGCGUUUAACUUUUGUUACCUUUGAUAUUGAAGGAGAUCCAGAAUGUAAUUACGAUUAUAUCGAGAUUUUUAGCGGGUUAGAUUCAAGUGGAUCUUCGUAUGGAAGAUUUUGUGGGAAAACUAGACCAUCCGAUAUAAUAUCAGUAAACGAAGCGUUACUAAUCAGAUUUAAAACUGACGAUUCAUUAUCAUUUAAAGGAUUUAGCAUAGCUUACGAAGCGAUCGAACCUUACGAAAGUGAAGAGGAAGUGUGAAAAGGCGAUAAAAAUAAAUCAAGAACGGACAAUAAUACGUAAUAACCGUGUUAGUAUUUAUUUUUAGAAACCGUGCUUAGGUACUUACGUUUUCUGACUAUUUAUUAGUCUUUGACGGAUUUUAGUAUGUGUAGUGUCGUGUUUGUGAUAGAGUCAAUGUUGUACACGAGAGAAAAAGUUUCCAAAAUAAUCGAAUUUUAACCAAAACAAAACAAAUUAAAUUUGAAAAGUGUGUGCCAUAUGAAUAAAUUAGAAUUAUUAGUUUAA